UAUAUUUAGCCCAUGACGUCACUGCGAAGUGCAGAUCCAAGAUGGCCUCCCUAUUUGGGGUAAAUCCGUUUUCCACCCCAGUUGGACAGAGAAUAGAGAGGGCUACCGAUGGUGGUUUGGCUUCCGAAGACUGGUCCUUAAACCUUGAGAUCUGUGAUAUUAUAAACGAGACCGAUGAAGGCCCCAAGGAUGCAGCAAAAGCGAUACGCAAACGCCUGACGAACAACAAGAAUUUUAAGAGUGUACUUUUGACACUUACUGUAUUAGAAUCAUGCAUCAAGAACUGUGGCCACCGCUUCCAUGUUCUAGUGGCAAAGAAAGAAUUUCUUGAUGAGAUGACAAAACUUCUCAGUCCAAAACUAAAUCCUCCACAGGUUGUACAAGAGAAAAUUCUGUCACUUAUCCAGGACUGGGCUGAUGCCUUCAGAAAUAGCCCUGACAUGAGCGCUAUUCUCCAGACUUACGAAGGCCUUCGCUCACAAGGCAUUGAAUUUCCACCAAAGGAUUUGGACACCCUGUCACCUAUAUUCACCCCACAUAGGACUCAGCCAGAGAGACCAGCAACUGCCCCAGGGAGUGUCUCUCAGUCUCCGCCUCAGCAGUCACCAGUCCAUGCUCCCGCCCCAGUGGCCUCUGCGCAGCAGCCUCCAAUCAGUAUGAUGGGACCUGUCAACCCUACCCCUGAGCAGAUGGCAAAACUCAAGUCGGAGCUUGACAUCGUCCAGGGUAACGUUCAAGUGAUGUCUGAGAUGCUGACUGAGAUGACUCCUGGCCAGGAAGAACCUGGUGACCUGGAUUUACUACAGGAAUUAAACCGCACCUGUCGCGCCAUGCAGCAAAGGAUCAUGGAACUACUGGAGCAAGUUGCUAAUGAAGAAGUGAUAGGGGAACUGCUUAGAAUUAAUGAUGACUUGAAUAAUGUGUUUAUACGAUAUGACCGAUAUGAGAGAUUCCGCCAGGCACAGUCCACGCCGUCUACGCCCACUGAGCCACCACGCCCAGCUGAGCCUCCAAGGCCGUCACCGGCUGCCACCGCCCACCCUGUGAUGCCUCCUAGGCCACAGGUUCCUCCUCCCCCUGCGACUGAAGUUGCUGAUGACUCGUUGAUAAACUUUGAAGAAGAACCUUCAGCUGUGGCAGUUGCUGGAAAUGACGGCCUGCCGGCACAGCUCCAUGCCCUGACUUUGAAUGGAGUCAAAAUACAAACUAAAAGCAAAGCACAAACCCUUGAAGAGUCAGUGGGGAAAGACGAUGACUUUGACAUGUUUGCUCAGUCAAGACAGAGCACAUUUGAAGAGAGCAGAAAAGGUGGGGCAUCCUACAGUGAUAAUGCCCAGCUCUAUGACCGUGCCAUUACAGACUCCUUGAGUCUGGAACAAGCAAAACCCAAGCUAGAAGAAGUUAAGACAUCACAACCAAGGAAUCCUGAUGCAUCAGAAGGCUCCACUACCCCCAAACCACUUGCCAUGGAGAGUGUAGAGGCGUGGCUCGGCGACGAGGACAAGGAGGAUGGGCAAGUCAGCGCAAGUCAGGGAACACUCAGCAGUCAAGAUUUUGAUGAUUUCCUUGCCCAGCGUGCAGCCUCAGGCGGUCAGAGGUCUGGUAGUGUGAAGGAACGCGGGGGGUCAGGUCGGCCCCCUCAACGACAGAUGCAAAUGGAGCAGACAGAUGAAUUCUUCGGACUCUAGAACACAGGCUACCCAACAAACCACCUUGAAUGCACCCCCAACAAGCACUGGUGGAAUAUUUAAAUGGGAACAAAACAAAAAACAAAAAAAAUUUGCACUUAAUAUUGAGUUGUUUUGCGGGACCAUUGGUAUGGUAAACCAAGACAUUGGCAAGCUUCCUGUUAAAGGUUAAGCUGAAAUCUGAUUGGUCAAUUAAAUCUGUAAUUAACCAAUCUAAAGUGACAUCAAGGUGAUGUCUUUGGCAUCAAGAUGGUCAAUUUAUUCAGGUGAAAAUAUUGAUGGACGAAUUGCAAUAAUGCUAAAGUGCUGUCUAUAUCUAGGUUAGGACGUAGAAAGAAAUAUGAAAAAACCAUUUUAUUUAAAAAUACUUAAUGUUGUACAUGAGUAAAGAGAAAAGUUGUAGUCAAAAUAUAGUGUAACCCCCAUAACUCAAGCUAGAGUAAUCCAUUCUUCUUGCUGUUUCAUACUGAUUUUGAAUUUUUUCGGUACUGAUUUUAAAUAAUCAAAAUCCCCAACCAACUCAAAGUGUCUUUUGUCUCUGGAUGGUUAGCAGGAUUCAACUCUAUUACUAUUGUAAGAUCUGAGAUUUGGGAAAGUUUUAAUUAACCAGGGACCAUGUCUCUUGAUAAAUCAAUUUGCUUCAGACCUGUGGUUGAAAGCAUCUCCUUUUUUUUCAUCUCAGGCUUUUCUGUACUUUUUUAUUAUUGAAUAAUGGUAUAUUAACUACAUCAAUAAUGCCCUUUACUCAGAUAAGAAGCUCUGUUUACAUCUUGCUUUGGGCCUACUAAUGCCUACAAGACCAAAGACUUGUUAACCGUACAAUAUUAUCUAAUUAUGUUACAAAGCUGUCAACUCCACCGUAUUAGGCAGGUGUCACAAGAUUUUGAACUUCAUCACAAGCCUCAUUUUUGUGAGACAUACUUUCUCCGUAAUCACCCACAUUAGCUCUUUUGAGUUUUUUCACAUAUUCACUGUAUUUCCCCUGAUCUCACAAGAUUUCGGCCCACGAUGGGUUGACAAAUCAGUGGCACUACCUGUGUACAAUAACCUUGGUAUUGUAAUGUCAAAUAAAAUCAUGAUACACCACCA